AUGGGGAAGCUCCACAUGGGGAGCUUCAAAUUAUGCAUGCAUAAUUUUAAGUUACUCCGGCCGGUGUGGAGUUUCCGACUGUCCAUGGACCUUCCGACUGUCCAUGGACCUUCCGACUGUCCAUGGACCUUCCGACUGUCCAUGGACCUUCCGACUGUCCAUGGACCUUCCGACUAUCCAUGGACCUUCCGACUAUCCAUGGACCUUCCGACUAUCCAUGGACCUUCCGAUUAUCCAUGGACCUUCCGACUAUCCAUGGACCUUCCGACUAUCCAUGGACCUUCCGACUAUCCAUGGACCUUCCGACUAUCCAUGGACCUUCCGACUAUCCAUGGACCUUCCGACUAUCCAUGGACCUUCCGACUAUCCAUGGACCUUCCNAGAGAAAUUUGUGUUUAUAGGUUCUCACUUUUGGAUAUAUAG